AUGCCAUCGUUUCCAAUCGUUGCAUCGUUGAAUUCAAAAACCAAGGGUACCUCCUCGUUCGGUAAGCGUCACACCAAGUCGCACACUUUGUGCCGUCGUUGCGGUCGCCGCUCCUUCCACAAGCAGAAGAAGACUUGUGCUCAGUGUGGUUAUCCCGCUGCCAAGAUCCGAUCUUUCAACUGGUCCGAAAAGGGUCAGCGCAGAAAGACCACCGGUACCGGUCGCAUGCGCUACUUGAAGGAAGUUCACCGUCGUUUCAAGAACGGUUUCCGUGAGGGUUCCCAGGCCAAGAAGCAAAGCGUUGCCGCCAGCGCCUAA